GAGUGAUUGUGAGAAGAGUGCGUCGUUAAAGUUAAAGACGACCAAAGUGUGUGCAUGCGCACAAACAUCCUAUCAUGUUUUACUACGUCAUAUUAUACGUAAUGUUAUAUUAAAGUAGGGUCCGCAGUAUUCGUUCAUAGCAAUGCAUCUAGUUUUACCGUGCCGUUGGGUCUCGUUCACUGGUUUCGAAUUCGUUGACUUCUCUACCUGACGCAUCCCAUCUCAACUAGGAUUGUACAGUGAGAGAGAAAGAGAAAGAAAAUGAGAAAGAGAUCGUUAUACGAUUACUCUAUUUACAAAAAGAGUCUUCUUUUUGUCGUAUUUUUCAUCUGGCAAGCCAGUGCAAAUGAUUGCAUAUCACGUAAAUUCGAUUACGAUAGUAUCGUGUGCGUUUGUAAUUCAACUUACUGCGAUUCGACACCGGAUAUCGGGGAACCGGAAAAAGGAAGCUACCAUGUAUAUAUUUCCAGUUUAGAUGGUCAUAGAUUGAGUUAUUCCAAAGGAAAUUUGCAACAAUCUAUUAAUAUGUCAUAUUACGACUGGAAAAAUAACUUAAAUGUUAUGAAAUAUAGUAUAGAUAUUAAUAGAGAUAAGAAAUUUCAGACAAUAAAAGGUUUUGGCGGAGCAUUGACUGAUGUUGUAGGAUAUCAUUGGAAAAAAUUGAGCGAACAAACUCAGGAGAUACUGCUGCAAUCAUAUUUCGGUCGAAAUGGCAGCAGAUAUAGUUUUAUUCGUGUACCAAUCGGUGGUACCGAUUUUUCUUUAAGAAAAUAUUCGUUGGACGAUACAACAGAACCGGAUAAAAAUCUCGAGCAUUUUAAAUUAGCCGAAGAAGAUAUUGAUUUAAAAAUACCAUUUAUCAAAAGAGCUGUCAAAAUAUCCCCUAAUCUAAAAUUAACUGCAGCUGUUUGGAGUCCACCGACUUGGAUGAAAACUAAUCACAAAUUUAGUGGCCUAAGUGUACUUAUAAAAAAAUAUUAUCAAACGUAUGCCAAUUAUUUAUUGAAAUUUUUACAAUCAUAUAAAAGUCAUGGCAUUGACAUAUGGUCUAUUUCAACGGGAAAUGAACCUACCAGUUCGUUCAUACCUAAUUUUCAACUAAAUGAUAUGGGAUGGACACCAUUUAGUUUAGGAGAAUGGAUAGCUGAUUAUCUAGGACCAACUUUAGCUCGUUCGGAAUUCAAUCAAACGGCCAUCUUAGCUUUAGAUGAUCAAAGAUAUACUUUAAUACAUUUUUUCGAUUUACUUGCAUCUAAUGAAAAGGCACUGGAUUAUAUUAGUGGCAUUGCUUUACACUGGUAUUGGGACGAAUACUUUUCCCCAACAUUAUUAGACGCGACUCAUUACAAGUAUCCAAAUAAAUAUAUGCUUAUAACUGAAGCAUGCAAUGGUUUUAAAACGAACGAUAAUCCAAAAGUACAACUUGGAUCUUGGAAAAGAGCAGAGAGAUAUAUUCUAGACAUAAUUCAGAAUUUAAGACAUUGGGUAGAAGGAUGGAUUGAUUGGAAUCUCGUCUUGAAUGAACAUGGUGGUCCAAAUAAUAUUUUCAAUUUUGUUGAUGCAUCUAUCAUAGUAAAUACUACAAAUGAUGAAUUUUACAAACAACCGAUGUACUAUGCGAUCAAACAUUUCAGUAGAUUUGUAGAACCAUAUUCUGUAAGGAUUGAUAGCACGAUAACUAAAGAUAUCCAAACUAUCGCUUUCGAAACUCCCUCGAAAAGUAUCGUAGUUGUUUUAUACAAUAGGAGCUCCGAAGAUAAGAAUACCACAAUUAUAGAUUCUAAGAGCGGUAUCAUUACAAUUACAGUAAAUGCGUAUUCAAUUUAUACUAUAAUAUAUAAAUAAGUAAAUAUAUAUUUCGUUGAUCUCAUAUAAGGAUUACUAAAUAUAUAUGAA